AUAUUCCCCGAUUCCCCUGUUCCCCUAUUCCCCGAAUCCCCGAAUCCCUGGUUCCCUAUUCCCUGUUUUAGUAAUAGCCAGCUUUUAUCACUCGUCGAAGUACACCAACGAAACGAAUAAUAAUGGCGUACACGAGCACUGGAUAUUUUCCCCGACCGCCGCCUUACAAUCAACUGCUUGGAGAGACUGGCGUGUUUGUCGUCAACCAGCAGCCUCAGUCAAAAGAGAAAUUUCAGUUUCCAAUCAGGUUUCCACCUAGACCUGUUUUGGUGGUGUCGAUCGCGCAGUGUAUCGUCGGGUCUCUUCAUUUCAUAUUUGGCCUUGUCAGCAUUUUUGUGGUCCCCUACUUCACCUCAUAUGUUGCAUUCCCAGUAUGGUGCGGUCUUGUGAUUCUUGCAAAUGGAGUCAUUGGUUGCUGUCUUUGGAAGGUGAAAUCAAAAUGCUUGAUUGGUGCAUUUUGUGGCCUAAGUAUCACAUCCUUGAUACUGACAGCCAUUAUGCUGACAUUCUACUCGAUUGGCUUGCGUUACUUCGUCAAAUCACAUUUCUUAAAGUACAACUGCUACUUUAGCCAAAGUUUUCUUGCAAAUUGUUUUUACUCCAGAACACUUUCAAAGUCCACUGUGGUGGCAUCGAUUGGUUUGUUAAGCGUCAUGGUGGCAUUGCUCGUAAUUGAGCUUGGGUGCUCUAUUGCUGCUGUGUUUUACUCGUGCAAGGCCUACUCAAAAUGCUGUACAACCUGCCACGGUGAUGACUGCUGUGCCUGUGUAGGCUGCUGUGAGUGUGAUACCAGUCCAUUGAUUCCUAACCAACCGUUAGGACAACAAGAUGGACAAGAUUUGCAGCUGCAAAACCAAUUCGGAUAUGGCCAAUACCCUCAGACACAGUUACAGUCUCUGUUACAGCAACUUAAUGCCAUCAGAGCUACACAAUUAGCAAACACUUCCAGUACAUUACUCAAUGCGUUAAUUAACAUGCCUGGAGCGUCUUAUUUGGUUGACACAGCCAGAUCGGGCCAAAAUGAUUCGCAAGUUCAGACAAUGAGUUCGACAAUCCAUCCUAGAGAUGGAAUGCAGCCUAGUGGAAGCAGCCAGCAUACAGCUGAGGAAGGGCAGGCAGUGAAUCCAAGUGCUUAGUAUUCAUAUUUAGUAGUCAUGCUUAGUAUGUAAAUAUCACUAGCACCGUCAUUGCAGAGGUUUCAAAACACUAGUUCCGGAUUAAAUAUAGGCAUAUUCAUCAAUAUUUCAUUUAGCCUUAUUUUAUUCACAAAAUCAUCUAUUUGGUAAUAAGGCAGAAACCUCUGCAAUGACAUCAAGAUUAAACAAUUUACUUCAGUCACGUAUCUAGGCUGUAUUCUCGACGAAGACCUGUCUGGCGAAUCAAUAGCUACCACAAUCCUAGGUAAAAUCAAUGGCAUGCUCAGUUUUCUUACAGAAAGCAACAUUUUCUCGACUUGCAGAUUGCUAGCAAACGCACUAAUUCAGCCCAAUUUUGACUAUGCAAGUAGUGCUUUGUUUCCAUUCUUAAACAAAAGAUUAACAAAAGAAUUCAGACAGCUCAAAAUAAAUGUAUCAGGUUUUGUUUGAAUCUGAAUAACAGAGCACAUAUAGGAAUAAAAUAAUUCAAAAGUAUAAAUUGGCUCCCGACGAAACCGAGAUUUGAACAAUGAACGACUGUAAAGGUCUUCAAAUUUUUUGAUAAUGCAGCCCAACCCUACAUAUAAGAGAUGUCCUACCAGUUGGCCAGACCCGAAUAACUCGAGGAUCUAAAAACAAACUGAAUCAACUUUUCUGAAAGAAAAGCAUAGGGUGAAAUUGCCUCCCAUCAGAACUAAAAUCUGCAAAGAUGAUGAACAGUUUCAAACAUAAGAUCAAAGAUAAAUUCUUUGAAAAUCUGCAAAAUGAAGAGGAUAGCCCCUACAUAUUUUAUUGAAAACCCAAAAUCAGCCAACGAAAAGGUUCUAGUUAAAAAAUUUCAGAAUAAAUUUUUUCCCAGUUUUUUUAUACAAAAUCCAUUUUUCAUGAACACAUUUUUUUGAUAACACCUCUGGAGGGACCAUUAUGGACACACACAGACACACACACACACGCACACUCACACGCACACUCACACUCACACUCACAAUCACACUCACACAUUGACAUUAUUUAAUUAUUUAUCUUAUUUAUUACCUAAGGCCGUUCCCUUUUACACUGCAUCGUAUCUCUUCUGUUUGAGUUAUUCCUGCAUGUUGUUUUAUGAACUCUCAGUUGGCUUAUGUAUUUAGAAGAAGCAAAUCGUCAGUAUGUGCGAGCGUAAAGCGUCUUCUGAAAACCCUUAGUUAGCGGUAACGAAAUAUACUUGCUGUAAGCUUGUUAAUUUUUUGCGCACAUUCUUAUGAUUAAGAUUUUUAGCUUCUCCUUGUAACAUUGGACUGUUAAUCAUUGUUUUGUUUAUUUUAUUCGUUUUUAUGUCUUUUAUGUUUUUAUGUUAUCGAACAAUUAUCGAUAGAUCUAUUCAAUAACAACAUUGGAAAGUCUGUACCGACAAGUUCACCUUUGAUAUAUACGGCAGCAGGAUUAUUCCAAUAAUUAAGUCCCCAGGAUAGGUAAUAAAGUAACUACAAUCUUGGAAACAAGUUUUAUCUAUAGAUUUUGCUCACAAAUGAACCUUUGCUAAAACAAUCACACACUAGAGCAUUUUGCUGUGCCAAAUGUUACGGCUGACAAUUUGCUGGAGCAAAAUUUCCCGUGUGCAGCGGCCAUUUCGUAAUCAUUCAUGACAAUAGGUUCGAAUAUCAAACUUGUUUGAUAAUUUUGUUCCCUCGUGGCACGUUUCAGGCGUUUAAUGUGUAUUUGUUGCUUUUUUAAGUCGCUGAAUAUUUGUUUCCUACAAAAUAAACUAAAAAACGAGAUUGAAACACAAUAUUUCUAAAAUAAAUACAGAGAUGUGAAAAAAGUCCUCUUCUCCCAACACGACCCCCUAAA